AUGAGUGACAUACGAAAUUUUUUGCAAAAGAAACGCAAGAUAGAAUUAAGUCCAUCAAGUAUAAAUGAAGGCAAUCAUGACAUAGGUAAUUUAAGUAAUUUAAGUACUAAUAGUUCUAAUAGUAGCCAACAAAAAGAAGUGCCACAACUCCAAUCAAGUAUAAAUGAAGGCAAUCAUGACAUAGGUAAUUUAAGUAAUUUAAGUACUAAUAGUUCUAAUAGUAGCCAACAAAAAGAAGUGCCACAACUCCUUCAUCAGUUGACUGUUGGUGCUAAUAAAUUAGAUAUUGGACUGUAUUUGAAUUCCUACGUUGAUGACGAAUUACGUUUAAAGUUAUUGAAGGACCCCUGGGUUCCAUCAAAAACAUAUGACUUCAAAAAAGAUUUGACCAACGGCUCUACGAGAGUAUUUCGUAUAGAAUGGUUUGCACUUUAUCCAUGGCUAAGUUACUCAGCUGUUUCUAAAGGCCCACUAUGUCGCGUUUGUGUAUUAUUUCGACCUCGAGUACAUAGAGGUGUUCAAGGAGCAUUCAUUGUUUCACCAUGCAUAAAAUAUCAAAAAUUUAACGAGGUUUCAAAGGCUCAUGAAAUUAGUAUUUGGCAUAAAGACGCAAUUAAUGCGUCACAACAUUUUUUAAACUCAAAAGAGAGAAAACAAUUGAGUGUUCAUGAGCAAAUAGAUUCGGCAUUUAAUAGAGAAAUAGAAGAAAACAGGGUGAAACUUCGUUCUAUCAUAUCGUCAAUCUUAUUUUGUGCAAAGCACGAUCUUCCACUAAGAGGUAAAAAUGACGAAGGUUCAGUUUUUACAGAUUUAUUACAAUUCCGUGUCGAAUCAGGGGAUGAAGUUUUGAAUAAGCAUUUAAAGUCUGGAGCUAAAAAUGCGUUAUAUAUCUCACAUGAAGUUCAAAAUGAACUAAUUAAAACUUGUGCUAAUGUACUUCGACAAAACAUUAUUGAAGAAGUGAAACUUUCAUCUGUUUUUUCGGUCUUAGCUGACGAGACUGCCGAUAUAAGUGGCACCGAACAAUUGUCAAUAGGUGUUCGGUAUUUGUUUUACGACGUUAAGUUUCAAAAACACAAAAUUUGUGAAGAAUUUCUUGGUUACUCGCCUCUUACAAAACUAGAUUCUAAAUCCAUUGCCAAAACCAUCAUUGAAUUUUUAGAAAGUUGUAAUUUAGAUUUGAAUCGACUUGUGGGCCAAGGAUAUGAUGGAUGCGCUACAAUGGCUGGGCAUAUAAGUGGCGUUCAAAAAUUAAUUAAUGAAGCUUAUCCUAUGGCGCUAUUCUUCCAUUGUGCUAGUCACGUAUUGAAUCUUGUAUUUAAUGAUUUAAAUAACGUAAGUGAAGUAAGAAAUACAACCGGGAUCAUAAAAGAAAUAAUAAAUUUUUUUAGAGAGAGCACAUUGCGUAGACAAAUUAUUCCCAAUAUUCCUUUACUCUGUGAAACUCGUUGGUCAGCAAAAUAUAAGAGUAUUAGAAUUUUUGCUGACAAUUUUAUUGUUAUUGUCAAAGCUUUGGAAGAACUAUCAAAAAGUACAGCAAAUUCAAAAACCAAAAUUAAAUCUUAUCAACUCUUUACUGCUGCUACUACACCAGUUUUUAUUGUUACAUUGCAAGUAAUAGCUGUUUAUUCCGCUAAAUUUGAACCAGUAUGCAAUCUACUUCAAAAAGUUAAUAUAAAUUUGAAAACGGUGAACAAUCACAUAACUAAACUAGUUGAUACUUUGCAGUUGUAUAGAAAUUGUGCGUCCACUGAAUUUACCGUAUUAUUUGCAAAAUCUAAAGAAAUCGCUGAAGAACUUGAUGUUGAAAUACGUCCACCUCGAGUUGCUGCACGACAAAGUCAAAGAUCAAAUCAUCCAUCUACAAGCCAUGAAGAGUUUUUCAGAAUAUCCAUUUUCGUUCCUUAUCUAGAUUCAGUUAUAUCAUCAUUAAAAGAUCGCUUUUCUAAAAUUCACAAUCAAUCAUUUUCUCUAAUGGAUCUUCAUCCUUAUGCUAUGAAAAACGUGAGUAAAGAACAGUUUAUUUGCACAUCAAAUGAUAUUGUAAAACUCUAUGGAAAUAUUUUGUCAUCAAAUUUUGUAACUGAAGCCACAACAUGGUAUGAAAUGUGGAAUAAUGGUGAAAAACCAUUAGAUUCUAUUGAAUACUUAGAUUUGAUCGAAAUGUCAAAAGAUUUUUAUCCAGCUGUAGCCGACGCAAUCAAGAUCGGAGCAACUCUUCCAACAACAACUUGCAGCAUUGAACGUUCAUUCAGUACUUUAAGACGAGUCAAGACAUGGAACAGAGCCACUAUGGGUGAUAACCGAUUGUCCGGAUUGUGUAUGAUGAGUGUACAUAGAAAAAGACUAGGAGAGGAUACCAAAUUCAUUGAAAAUUCAAUUGAAGAAUUUGGAAAAAAACCUAGGCGUUUGCAAUUAUUAUUUAAAAAAUAA